AUGAUUAUCACUUUGACAACUGGUGAAAGAUCUUAUACGAUGGCUACUUAUUUUAAUACUCAAAGUGAUGAAAAAGCCAUGCAUUUACAAGCGAUAGUCCAUGAUUCUAAGAAAUUUAAUUGGUCAGACGAUUUGCUUAAAAAUGUUAGAUUUAUCUAUCAAAGGUUAGAGAUCAUUAUUAAGAGACGCAGACAAGAAAUUGAAAAUACAUCGCUGGAGAAACCUCAAAUGAUAUGCUGA